CCUCCCUCCCCUGGAAAAAGGGGGCGGGGAUCAGAGCUGAGCUCCGCCAGCUGGACCAGAACAGAACCGUCCGCGAAGCAAGCGUCCACUGCAGACCGAUGGGGGCGUGUCGCGCAGGUAGACCCAGUGCGGCGCAUCAGUAAGCAGGGGGGCCUGGGCUAUCGUUUACUCCUCUUCCUCUGGGGAGGAGGAGGAGGAAGAGGCACAGCUCGUGAUGGGACACCAGCCGCGAGGAUGAGCCACAGAACCAGAACCAGCCCGAUCCGAGCCUACGACUUCCUGCUCAAGUUCCUGCUGGUGGGAGAUAGCGAUGUGGGGAAGGGAGAGAUCCUGGAGAGUCUGCAGGACGGAGCGUCCGAGUCUCCGUACGGGUACAACCUGGGAAUCGACUACAAGACGACGACCAUCCUCCUGGACGGGAGGCGAGUCAAGCUGCAGCUCUGGGAUACAUCCGGGCAGGGUCGGUUCUGCACCAUAUUCAGAUCCUAUUCCAGAGGAGCACAGGGAGUAAUCCUGGUGUAUGACAUCACCAACCGCUGGUCCUUCGAUGGGAUCGACAGGUGGAUCAAAGAGAUCGAUGAGCAUGCUCCGGGAGUGCCUAAAAUCCUGGUGGGGAACCGCCUUCACCUGGCCUACAAGCGUCAGGUGACCACGGAGCAGGCGCAGGUGUACGCCGAGAAGCUGGGCGUCACCUUCUUUGAGGUGAGCCCGCUCUGCAACUUCAACAUCACCGAGUCGUUCACAGAGCUCGCCCGGAUCGUCCUCAUGAGGCACGGCAUGGAGCGGCUGUGGAAGCCCAACAAAGUGCUAAGUCUUCAGGACCUCUGCUGCCGCUCCAUCGUCUCCUGCACCCCCGUCCACCUGGUGGACAAGCUGCCCCUCCCCCUCACUCUCAAGUCCCACCUCAAGUCCUUCUCCAUGGCCAACGGCCUCAACGCUCGCAUGAUGCACGGACGCUCCUACUCCGUCACCGCUGCCGCUCACCACAGCGCCGCCAGGAGGAGCGGAGGGACAUUGCUGAAAAAGCCGAAACUGACCCGACCGCCGCCCCUCAGCCCGACUACGCAGAGCUGCAGAAACAGCUGCAAAAUAUCCUAACGGCAGCGAACGCACCACGGGUUGUGGACGGUACACAGCUCAGUCCGUGGAGUCAUAUUUAUGUCUCUGUGAAGGAGCAAAAACCAGAGAGGAAAAACUGGUGUUUGGUGAUGCGAGAAGCAUCAUGUUGAAUCUCUGAGCACAGAAAUAUGUUGCCGUCAAAUUACUGAACAGUGACAGCCUCUUUCACCUGAUGAGUGGUUUAAUGAGAGUGUUUGGGGGGGACAAUCAGGGAAUGUGUUUGGGUCAGUAAUGUAAUUUAGUAUGGCACAUAAACUCAGUUCAGACAUACACUUUUUAAAGAUGAAGACAAAUUCUCGAAACACUGUCAAAUUUGUACAAUUAUAAAAGUCCCCAAUUAUCUGGUUAAAAUUUUCUUUCUGGCACAAAAUCACAAUAUUCUUUGUAUUAAGUGUUUUGUUUUUUUUCUUUCUUCUUUUUGAGUUAGUUUUUUUUCUUUUAGAAUUUGAUCACAGUUUUCAAA